AUGAGUGAAAAUGGCGAAAAAAAAAUAAGAAAAGAAUGAAAUUGUUAUAAAAAAUCUCGAUGAUCGGAUGGUUUAGGUCACAGACGAAAUGUUUCAUAAACUACAAGCAGUUAUUAAAAAUGCUGUGGAUGCUGUAUGUAGUAAUUUAACCCACGUUCAUAUAUUAAUUACCAUAUAUUUACGUGUACAUUGCUAUAAAUUAUUGGCUCCAGGGGAAUAUUUUGUUUUAUAAUCACCUCUAAUGCAAAUAAUGACCUUUUGUAUGUGUAAAUAUGGCACUAGUUAUCAAUAUCUGGGAUAGGACUGGCAUAAUAAAAGUAGUUUUUUAACAAAACCUUUGGAAUGAUAACAAACACUUAACACUAUCCCCUCUGUUUACUUAACUUUAUUUAUAUUAUGAUACCAAAUCUGUAUCUAACAGCAGAUUACAUUGUUUAUAUAUUUGUAUUCUGUACACACAACAUAAACCCCGGCUUGUCAACUGUCUUAUCAAUAUUGCAAUUUUAUCAAUUUGCUAUUUUACCUGAGGUAAUUGCUACUAUGCAUGUAUUAACACAAAUCAAACUGGAUUUUGUAAUGAAUGCAACCUUUUCAUGUUCGCACUUGGUUUAGAAGACGUAGUAAAUGGGUUUUUUGUGAUAUUUUCAUUUGAAAAGUUAGCUCCUGAGCUUCCAUCUCACGAGAACUUUGUCUUUCAUUGGAAAUCUGUGACUAAUUACUUCAUUGAAUCCACAGAUGACAAAGUUCCUGUCCAGUCAACCAAUAUUCCAUACAGUUUAGAACAUAUGCUAGAAAUUUUGAGACUUGAAGAUCAGGAUAAUGGUGGAAGUACUGCUGGUCCUUGUUUGGAAUAUUUGCUUCAACAUAAAAUAUUGGAGACACUACAUACUCUUGGAAAAGCAGAUUGUCCACCUGGUAUGAAACAACAAGUUCUACAGUUCUUCACAAAUCUCUUAGGAAAGAUCAAAACACCUUUGCUACCUCAUGUCAACGUCCAUAAGCCAGUACACAGAUUGAUUCAUGUCUGUGGGCAAAUUCAGGCAGCACCUUCAGAGAAUGAAGAAGUACAGUUCUUAUGUACUGUCGCAGCCAAACUAAGAAUGUAUCCAAAUUUAGUUAACUUCUUCCUGGAGAUGCCUUACCAAGCCAGUUCAAACACUGAAGAUGUUUCGAAACCCAGACAGCCUGAGAAGCCACAGUACAGUCUUGUCAAAUCUCUUUUAAAACUCAGCAAAAGUGAGGACAGACGGAUUGCAGUAAAAGCAUGUGAAGGUCUGAUGUUAUGCUCCUCCAUCCCAGAUGACCAUGCAGCAAGUGUUAUAAUACUAUAUACACCAUUCUGUGAAGUCAUGGUGGAUUGUCUAACUGGUUUAUUUCAAAGCCUACCAAAGGAAAUGGAUCCAGCUUAUAUUGCAAAUAUUGUCGCUAAAUGGGGUUUAGACAGAAAUGAAGGUGGUACUCAUAAAUUUCCUGGAAAACGAGCUCUCCUAUCUUUUCUGUCUUGGUUGGAUUAUAUUGAUCAAUUAAUACGAGAGGCGCACGAGCUCAUUGGUAAAGCAUUGUCGUCCGCGCUGAGAGAAAGAUGUCUUGAAGCUGUUUUUAAACCAAGUUUACUAGAGAUAUCAGAAUCACGCGUGAUAACCAUCACAGCUCUGCUGACAAAAUGUCUUAGAAUGGUGAACGCACCAAAAACAGUGGAAGAGUACGUUUCAUUCUUCAUGGACACUUCGAGCAAAGACGAUGAAAAACCUGAACAGAAUCCUGAACAAAAUCCUUGUGGUAACAGUCCGUUAAUAGAGACACUUAUAAAGAGAUGUAAUCACAUUUCAGACAGUGUAACAAUUGAAACUCUUCGACUAGUUGAGUGUUUGUUGGAGAAACCUGUACCAGCAAUCUUGGAUUCUCUUGUCUUGAAAAAUCUCGUAGAUCGCAGAUAUUUUAAGCAAAAUACGGUACAGAAUGGUGACGUCAGUGAUGAUGUCACUGCAACGCGUAAUGAAGAAGGCAGCGACGUUAAUGACUUGGAUCGUAUUGAACUUGAAAAAAUCGUCAACAGCUUUCUGUUUCUCCUGCCUGGCGAUGUUAAAUCCUCUGCAGAGUUGGGUGAUAAUGGCUAUGACUCGUAUCUCAGAGACGCUCAUAGACAAUGUUCUGAACGACGGAAUCAAUGCAAAGCCUUCCACUGGCCAAAAUCUGUAACGAAAAUUGAAGUAUCAUCUGAAAGUCCGUUUUAUGAAGGAGAUUUUCUAAAUAUCGUAUUUAAAAAAUUGAGAAAUAUAUUAGACCAGCCUUACGACGUCAAUCUACAAGUAACCUCAAUACUGGCUCUCAUAUCCCAAUUUCCUCAUCCAUAUCUUCAUGAGUACAUGCUGAAUCCUACAUUAUCCCUCAUACCUGAUGCAACGUCACUAAGCACAAUAUUACGAGAAGUGACACAAGAUCUAAAAGAUCGUGUACAAAGAUUGCCAAAUUUCAAACAGAGAUUACUGCACACGAGGAAAAGAUUAAUGAGCUUACAAUCGAUAGAAAAUAAAAGUGAACCACAACUGAACUUACUACAAGGCGUUGUUGUACUGGAGGAAUUUUGUAAGGAAUUAGCAGCCAUUGCUUUCGUGAAAACCACGAACACGAUAAAAGAAAGAUGACAGCCCGAAUUCAAACAAAAUUUAUACAAGAAUUAACAUUGUGGGACAUGGGUGUACAGCUAUAUAUAAGACUGGAUUGUUGGCUACAAAUAGGUACUAAAUAGAGGGACAAUUGAAAUUAAUAGGUUUAUGUUAAAUGCUAUAAUAGUUUUGUAUUAAAUAAUUAUAUUAUUUGUAAUAAAUUGCAAAUGAAUGUGUAUAGAAUUA